UUAUGUAUCAAAUUAUCAUAUGUAGGAGAACAAACAUUAAAUUUAUUUAAAAGUUAAUAUAUUCGCAUAGCAUAUGUUUAAUUAAAAUGUAAGAACAGAAAUGCGAAUAUGUACAUGCAAUUUCGAGGGACUAAUUGGACACGUAUUUGUAGUAUGUCGAAUGUCCGUUUCAAAAUGUGACCCGUAAGAUAAGCUGUCAGAUUGCAAUAAAAGAUUUUUCACCCGUAAUUAUUUCCCAAUUAUUUUUAAAGCAUCGUGCCUUGUAGCAUCAUUUAACGAGAAAUUAUAUUGAGAUGUGUUCGGUGAAGAAAUGCAUCAAAGGAAAAUAAUAGAAAAAUCAACUGAUCAUCUUUUAUAUUAUAUCUGUAUCAUUGCAUAACAGAUUAGGGCGAAGGUUAAACGUAGGUCAUCUUUCAAGUACACUUAAAUGCUUUUUUGAAUAUUGAUUUCCAAGUAGUAAAAAAAUAUGCCUGAGAUCAUUAAUCGUUCGGGACCGUUCGUAGGAGCGAUAGACGAAGGAACAAGCAGCGCUAGAUUUUUAGUAUUUGAUGUAUUACGCAGGAAAGUAGUAGCGUCGCAUCAGAUUGAAAUUAAACAAAGAUAUCCGCAAGAAGGAUGGGUAGAACAAGAUCCGAAAGAAAUUUUACAAGCCGUUAUAGACUGCAUAAAAAAGACAGUAGAGAAAUUACAUGACAUUGGCUUGAGCGUGUCGGACAUUAAAGCAGUUGGAAUCACAAAUCAGCGAGAAACUACUUUAGUAUGGGAUAAAGAAACAGGGGAACCGCUGCAUAAUGCAAUUGUGUGGCUUGAUAUGAGAACAACUACAACUUUAGAAGAUAUAUUAGACAGUAUACCUAAUAAAACCAGGAACAAAAAUUAUUUAAAACCACUUUGCGGACUCCCAAUGUCACCAUAUUUCAGUGCUCUUAAGAUACGUUGGCUUAUUGACAAUAUACCGCGUGUCAAGCAAGCGGUAGAUGCAGAGAAAUGUGCUUUUGGAACAGUCGAUACAUGGCUGAUUUGGAAUCUUACGAAAGGCCAGCUACAUGUAACGGAUGUUUCAAACGCAUCCCGGACCAUGUUAAUGAACAUAGAAUCGUUAAAGUGGGAUCCUUUGUUGUGUCGAUUUUUUGGAAUUCCACAACAUAUCCUCCCUGAAAUACGGUCUAGUGCUGAAGUAUAUGGAAUAAUUUCAAAUCCUGUGGUUCUUGCAGGUGUACCAAUAGCAGGGUGUGUAGGUGAUCAACAAGGAGCUCUGCUUGGUCAGCUGUGUUUAAAGCCUGGACAAGCAAAAGCUACUUAUGGAACCGGAUGUUUCUUACUCUACAAUACAGGAAAUGUCGUAUUAGAUUCGCAUCAAGGCCUUAUAACAACUAUUGCAUAUAAACUGGGUAAAUCGCCAGCAAUUUAUGCAUUGGAAGGUUCUGUUGCUGUAGCUGGUGCAGCUUUUUCAUGGUUGCGAGAUAAUAUGGAACUGUUUAGCGACAUUGCUCAAUCACAAGGCAUGGCAGAAAGUGUAAGAUGCUCCGGGGACGUAUAUUUUGUACCUGCGUUUUCUGGUUUAUACGCGCCGUAUUGGCAACAGGAUGCACGAGGGGUAAUUUGUGGUAUCACUGAGGAUACACAACACUACCAUAUUGUUCGAGCAGCGUUAGAAGCUGUCUGUUUCCAAACAAGAGAUAUUCUAGAAGCAAUGGUGAAAGAUUCUGGAACGAAAUUAACUACAUUACUAGUCGAUGGUGGAAUGACUGUAAAUAACUUACUUAUGCAACUACAAGCCGAUAUCACUGGAAUAAAUGUUGUGAGGCCCAAUAUGGUGGAAACAACGGCGUUAGGAGCAGCUAUAUUAGCUGGUGUCGGUACAGGUAUCAUUGAUAUUAAUGAUGUGGAUGCAUCACAGGUCACAAAGUUUGCACCUGAUAUUGGAGAGGAUGAACGAGAUUUGAGGUAUUCUAAAUGGAAAAUGGCUAUAGAUAGAUCAAUGAAGUGGGAUAAUUCAUCCUCUUCUUUUAAUACUUAAUUGAAACUAAAAUAAAAUGUAAGUAUAAACGAUAAAAAGUAUAUAAACUUUAAUGAAAAUAGUGUGUAUAAUAAAUACCAUUUUCUUAGAUUUAAUUGAAAUAUCUGUAUAUAGAAUCAUUCGAUUAUUAAACGCAACUGCGUAGCUAUCGAGCAUAACAUACUAUAGUAUGUAAAUGUUACAAUCAGUUUUAAGGUCAAACACAAACGGAGGGCCCAAUAAUAUGUACGUAGUAUAUAAAAAUUUUUAAAUAUGUAUAACAUGUAUGUAAAAAAUGGAAAUAACUUGUAUCCAUUUAGAAAUUGUUACAUAUGUUUUAUUGGUAAAUAUGUUAAUUAUGUAUUGUUACAAAUGUUGUUAUUUCUUAUUAAAGAAAGUUAU